AUGGCCAGCGAAGACCUUUUUGACGGCGCGAUCGGUAUCGAUCUUGGAACUACUUACUCUUGCGUCGGUGUCUGGCAAAACGAUCGUGUUGAAAUCAUCGCAAACGACCAGGGUAACCGUACUACCCCCUCUUAUGUCGCCUUCUCGGCCGAGGAGCGCCUCAUUGGUGAUGCUGCCAAGAACCAGGCCGCUAUGAAUCCCAAGAACACCGUCUUCGACGCAAAGCGCCUCAUUGGCCGUCGUUUCGAUGACCCAGAUGUUAAGAAGGACAUGACCCACUGGCCAUUCACCGUUGUUGAUAAAGAUGGCUCUCCAUAUGUACAGGUCGAGUACCUCGGCGAAGAGAAGACGUUUACCCCUCAGGAGAUCUCGUCCAUGGUCCUUAGCAAAAUGAAAGAAAUCUCUGAGGCAAAGCUCGGGAAGACUGUCAAGAAGGCUGUCGUCACCGUUCCUGCUUACUUCAACGACUCUCAGCGUCUGGCCACCAAAGACGCUGGUGCUAUUGCUGGUCUUGAUGUUUUGCGUAUCAUCAAUGAGCCCACUGCUGCUGCCAUUGCAUAUGGUCUUGACCAACAAUCCAAGACUGAGAAGAAUGUAUUGAUCUUCGACUUGGGAGGAGGAACUUUUGAUGUCUCGCUUCUUAACAUUACCGGAGGUGUCUUUGCUGUCAAGGCUACUGCGGGUGACACCCAUCUUGGUGGUGAAGAUUUUGACAACACACUCCUCGAGCACUUCAAGGCGGAGUUCAAGCGCAAGACUAAGCACGAUAUUUCCGAUGAUGCUCGCGCUAUCCGUCGCCUGCGUAGUGCUUGCGAGCGUGCCAAACGCACUCUUUCCAGCGUCGCCCAGACCACUGUCGAAGUUGAUUCUCUGUACCAGGGUGAAGACUUCUCCGCAAACAUCUCUCGCGCCCGUUUCGAGGAAAUUAACGCGACUAUGUUCAAGUCCACUCUCGAGCCUGUCGAGAAGGUUCUUAAGGAUUCUAAGAUUCCUCGCGAGAAGGUCGACGACAUUGUUCUCGUUGGUGGUUCUACUCGUAUCCCUAAGAUCCAGGCACUGGUUAGCGAGUUCUUUGGUGGUCGCCAACUAAACAAGUCCAUCAACCCGGAUGAGGCUGUCGCAUACGGCGCUGCUGUCCAAGCUGCUGUACUCACUGGCCAGACCAGCGAAAAGACCCAGAACAUGCUCCUCCUCGAUGUUGCACCUCUCUCUCUUGGCGUUGCCAUGCAAGGAGAUGUCUUCGGUGUUGUCGUUCCUCGUAACACCCCCAUCCCUACCAACAAGUCCAGGGUUUUCACUACCGUCGAGGACAACCAGACUACUGUCACCUUCCCUGUCUACGAGGGAGAGCGUACUCAGUGCCGUGACAAUCGUCUUUUGGGAGAAUUCGAACUAACCGGCAUCCCUCCCAUGCCUCGUGGACAGGCCGAACUUGUUACCACCUUCGAGGUUGAUGCGGAUGGUCUCCUGAAAGUGUCCGCCCAAGACCGCGCUUCCGGUCGCAAGGCAUCCAUUAGCAUCACCAACUCCGUUGGUCGCCUCUCCUCGGCUGAGAUCGAUCAGAUGAUCAAGGAUGCCGAGCAAUUCAAGCAGGCUGACAAAGAUUUCUCCGCAAGGCAUGAGGCUAAGGCCGAUCUUGAGGCAUACAUUCAGCAAGUCGAGAGCACUAUCACCAGCCCUGAAAUGAGCUCCAAGAUGAAGCGCGGUGCUAAGGGCCAGAUCGAAGCCGAGUUGGCUAAGGCCAUGGAGAAGUUGGAGCUUGAGAAUUCUACUGCUGAUGAACUUAGGAAGGCCCAGUUAGGAGUCAAGCGUGCGUUGCAGAAGGCCACUGCCCAACGGUGA